GCCCCGCGACAGGUCGUCGCGCCUGCGCGCUGUGGGCGGCGGGCAACGCAGAGUGCGAGGCUCUUUUGUUCGGCUGAGGGGAGGGCCACUGGCCGGGGCCUGCGGUACGCCGCUUCAGUUUGGCGGUCGACGGCGGCCACCCGCCUAGCUGCUCUCCCGGGCGCCACUCCCCCGGCCAGCCGGACGCGACGCGCCAGCAGCGCGGCACCGAUUCUUCUCGGACUCCUGGGCGCUGCGCUGAGCAGCGUCACCCUUCACACCAGAAAGCUGGCGGGCACCAUGGGGAAGAAACAAAACAAGAAGAAAGUGGAGGAGGUGCUGGAGGAGGAGGAGGAGGAGUACGUGGUGGAGAAGGUGCUGGACCGCCGGGUGGUGAAGGGCAAAGUGGAGUACCUGCUCAAGUGGAAGGGCUUCUCCGAUGAGGACAACACGUGGGAGCCCGAGGAGAACCUGGACUGCCCCGACCUCAUCGCCGAGUUCCUGCAGUCGCAGAAAACGGCACACGAGACAGACAAAUCAGAGGGAGGCAAGCGCAAGGCCGACUCUGACUCGGAAGACAAGGGAGAGGAAAGCAAACCAAAGAAGAAGAAGGAAGAGUCGGAGAAGCCACGAGGCUUUGCCCGAGGUUUGGAGCCAGAGCGAAUUAUUGGUGCCACGGACUCCAGCGGAGAGCUCAUGUUCCUCAUGAAAUGGAAGAACUCCGAUGAGGCCGACCUGGUCCCUGCCAAGGAGGCGAACGUCAAGUGCCCACAGGUUGUCAUCUCCUUCUACGAGGAGCGGCUGACGUGGCACUCCUACCCCUCGGAGGAUGACGACAAAAAAGACGACAAGAACUAAACCUUGGGGACCAGCCCGUCGCCUCCGGCUGGGUCUCCAGGGGGAAGGAAGGCACUCUGCUUGUCCAGAUACCGCACAGGUGGCUUGGGAAGAUGUCCUUUGAAGAGCCAGUAUCGUUUCCAUGCCUGCUGCAGCCCGGGUGCUGACCAGCCGCUCCAGCUGUGCGGGCGCACCCGCCCAGGCAGGGCGGCGGUCACUGCGGCCACUCUGUGCUUUGCUGGCCGGCAAAGGGCCUUCUGUGAAGGACAGAACUUGCAGGAGCGGGUGCGUGGGAGCAGAAAGAUACUGUCGUCUUCAAAGAGCAUCUCCGCAACCCACAGCCUUCUUCCCGAUAGUGUUCACGCCACAUUUUUACAGCGUAGCAUGUGUGUAGUUUUCGGCUAUUCCUGGUGUAUUAUUUGGGGGGGCGGGCGGGAGGGAGUCGGGAGGGCUGUUCUGAUGACAGUGUGGGCCCUGAGUAGGGAAGUGGUGAACAGUGGACAGAACAACUUAAUGAUUUGGUUCUAUGUUCAGAAUAUUUUACCUUCUCAAAAACUGUCAUUGGCACCCUAAAUGGGGACUGAGAGAGACUGGUUAGAAGCUGUGAAUGCCCGAAACCCCCCAGCCCAGGGUCCCGGUGGGGCCUGAGCGCUGUCCCCAAGGACUGAGCGGCUCCUAAGUUACCAAAGCAGCCAUUGUGGAGACGGAGACAGACUGAGGCGGGAACCCCGGGGCGCAUCCCCAGGCAGACCCUCCCGUCUCAGCGGUGCUAAUUCUUCGGUUAGACGAGAGGCCCUUUCUCUCCCACCAGGAAGUUAGGACAGGACAGCUGCUUGUCCAUCCACGCCACGGCGGAAGUGCUAGGGGAGGGCUGAGGAGGGGAGCAGAGCUGGGGACAGUGUGGCCCAGAUUCUUAGGGUAGAGAUUUGGGGCCUUGGGAUUUUGAGCUUGGAGUUCUGAAAUCAUUAGUGACAAGAGUUCAGUCACUGACAGCACAAACUUCAUUGUGUCCGUUCAAAGGUGGAGCGAUUUCAGAAGCCCUGGUCUCAGGAGAUUACCUUUCACAUUGGAGCAGUGGUUCAGUUUAAAACACAAAGCCAAUUUUCGGGGGGGAAAAAAACUUGAGCGUUAACACUGCUACCCAAAAUGCUCUGCCUUCAAUUAUGAGAUCCAGCAGUUCUUGACAUUGUCUUGAGCUACAUUGUAAAGUCUUUUUAGGCAUGUGUUAGAUUUCUGUGAAAUUUUUCUUUAAAUGUAAACUUCAUACUACACUGUCAGUUUUUGUCGUAAUAAAAGUAUAGAUUUAUAAUCCGA